UCCUCCGGGUGCUCUGCUCUCCCUCGACUAUAUUCAUUCAUUGAUUCUUGUCGGCUCUCUCUCUUACGCAAAAUUGGACUGGCCGGAGAGAGAUGGAGAUGCAGCAGGAGGCUAAUCAACAACAAGGAUCGGAGGUUUCUCCGAAUCAGACGAUUUACAUUAACAACCUCAACGAAAAAGUGAAGCUUGACGUGCUGAAGAAAUCGCUGAAUGAUGUGUUCUCUCACUUCGGAAAGAUACUGGAGGUGAAGGCGUUUAAGACGUUGAAGCACAAAGGGCAAGCUUGGGUUGUCUUCGAAGAGGCCGAGUCUGCUUCCACUGCUAUUGCCAAAAUGAAUGACUUCCCCUUCUACGAUAAACGCAUGAGAAUUCAAUAUGCCAAAACAAAGUCAGAUGUGGUUGCCAAGGCGGAUGGUACAUUUGUUCCUCGCGAGAAGAGAAAAAGACAUGAGGAGAAAGCAGGAGGCAAGAAAAAGAAAGACCAGCACCAUGAUUCCACACAGAUGGGCAUGGCCAACUCAGCCUAUCCCAGUGUCUAUGGAACUGCUCCUCCUCUUUCGCAAGUACCAUACCCUGCUGGUGUUAAACCCAUUCUCCCCGAGGCACCAGCUCCGCCAAAUAACAUCCUCUUUGUCCAAAACCUUCCUCACGAGACAACUCCAAUGAUGAUUCAGAUGUUCUUCUCCCAGUACCAAGGGUUUAAGGAGAUUAGGAUGGUUGAAGCCAAACCGGGAAUCGCCUUUGUGGAAUAUGCAGAUGAGAUGCAGUCAACGGUCGCAAUGCAGGGACUUCAAGGUUUCAAGAUUGAGCAGGACCCGAUGCUCAUCACGUAUGCUAAGAAAUAGACAAAGUUCGUUUCAAUGAGAUGUUUGUAUCUGUCAAUGUGCUUCUUCUAUGGUUUGUGCAAGAAGGAAAAUUGUUUUUGUUGUAGAAUAGAAUAUUACAAUCGUCUAACUUAUUAGUUUUUUUUUUUCAUCUAAACUAAUAAGCAUCUUGAUUCAGUGUUAAGCUAAGCUUUUGUCA